GUGGCAGAUAUUAAGCCGAUAGUAAAAGAAGAAAUAUUUCCCGCAAGUUCAGAUAACACUUGCAAUUGUUCAAGCAACGAAAUUGAGAACAAGCCUAAAAUAAUCGGGCAGGCUGAAGCUGAUAAUAGCAUCUCAUUUGAAGACCAAUUGCAGAAUCAAGUCUAUAUAAAAUAUGAGAAGCCAAAUCCGGAUCGAUAUAAACGAAUGAUUUUGGAUUCGGAUGUUCAAUUGGCUAAAGAAAGAUAUUCUGAAGAAUCGCAGAGAAACUAUAUGAUAGAAUCAAAUGCAACAUCGAGUGCAAAUCCAAAUACAAGUAUUCAUCCACAAAUCAAAACGAACGGCACUUCGUUUGUGAUAAAAAAUUUGAAGCACUAUGCUCUGUAUAGCAUAAGUCUGCGCGCAUGCCGGGAAAGAGUAGCUGCAGAUAAGGAUAAUAAACUUUGCAGUGAAAGCAAAAUGAGAAAUGAAAGAACUCUCAAGCUCGAGGGUUCUGAUGAUAUAACUGUAUUUCGCGCACAAGUUAUUUCUACAAAUCAAAGUCUGGGCGAAGUAGUAGCUUCAUGGGAAGAACCCAAAGAGCCUAAUGGUCUAAUAUAUAUGUACCAAAUAGAGUAUAACCGAGUGGAUUUAAUUGAUGCAAAACCUGUUCCAAUAUGCGUGACACAGCAAGAUUUUAUAGACAGGAAUCGUAUGUAUGCAAUUAAGAAUUUAACUCCAGGAAAUUAUAGCAUUCGUGUAAUGGCCGUCUCAAAAGCUGGAAAUGGAAAAUAUUCCGAAAUGAAAUACUUUUUGAUAAUGGAACCAUCUACUGGCCUAACUUCUGGCGAAAUUGUUGGAUAUACUUUUCUUGCACUACUUCUUUCAUUUAUAUUAUCCAUUUUGGCAUAUUUUGUGCACAGAAAGUAUUUUUCUCCGCCUAGCAUUAAGUUAAUCACUUCUGUUAAUCCUGAAUAUGUCAGUAUGCAGUACCAACCUGAUGAAUGGGAAGUUCCCCGAGAGAAAAUAAAAUUGAUAAGGGUGGGUCAAGGCUCUUUUGGAAUGGUGUACGAGGGUAUAGCUUGCGAUUUAGUACAAGGCAACAGUGAAAUCAAAUGUGCGAUUAAAACUGUGAAUGAGCACGCCACGGAUCGCGAGCGCAUUGAGUUUUUGAACGAGGCAUCUGUCAUGAAAGCGUUUGAUACUGCCCAUGUGGUACGCCUGCUUGGAGUUGUUUCCCGUGGUCAGCCUACUUUAGUGGUUAUGGAAUUGAUGGCCAAUGGUGAUCUCAAAAGCUAUCUUCGCUCUCAUCGUCCAGAUAGUGAUGUGUAUGAUCCGGAGAUUUGCGUACAACCACCAACACUUAAGAGAAUUUUACAGAUGGCUAUUGAAAUAGCUGAUGGAAUGGCAUAUCUUUCAGCAAAAAAAUUUGUGCAUCGAGAUUUAGCAGCUAGGAAUUGCAUGGUUUCAGAAAACCUAACUGUAAAGAUUGGAGAUUUUGGUAUGACGCGAGAUAUUUAUGAAACAGAUUAUUAUAGGAAGGGUACCAAAGGUCUUCUGCCUGUGCGCUGGAUGGCACCUGAAUCAUUAAAAGAUGGUGUAAGUUGUUUUAUAUUUUUAUGAAUUUUUUUUUCGAAGCAAAAAUGUUUCACU